AUGUUUUGUACCAAGUUAAACGUUUCAACUUCUUUUAAAUGUAAUAAUAAUUUAAGGUAUCAUCGAUUUUCAAGUUUAAUUCAAAGAAAACAUCCAUAUCUCACAAAAUAUCGAUCAACAAACCCUAGUAAAUCAUCUAUUUCACAACCUUCCUUAAAAGAUGUUGAUAAUUUCAAGGACUUGGGAAUAAGAGAAGCAAUAUGUAAAGCGCUACAACAAAAUUUCAAUAUAACAAAACCAACACCAUGUCAGCAACAAUCAAUCCCUCAAAUUCUAUCAGGGAAUGAUGUAUUAAUUCGAGAUUUAACCGGAUCUGGAAAAACAUUUGGGAUAGUUUUAGCAUUGCUUAGUAAAACACGUACAUUACCCAAAACACUAUCUUCUCGUUCAUCUGUAUCAUCAAUGACAACAAGUUUAUUCGUAGUUCCAAGCAGGGAAUUGGCAUUUCAAAUUGAAUCUUGGAUUCAUUUGUUAUUACGAGAUACAAAGUUACCGAUGAAAUCAAUAAUUCAAGUUGCGGUCAGAACUUUUCCGGAAAUUGAAGCAGAACAAUUGAAAAAUAUUAGAGAAACACCUCCAAAUAUACUCGUGGGUACUGCUACAAGACUAUUAGAUUUAGUAGAGGCACACGGAUUAAAAUUUCGCGGAUUGAAUACUUUGGCAUUGGACGAAGCUGAUCAUUUGAUCAAAUUGCCUGGAAAGCAUGCAAUAAUGAAAAAAAUCAUAAAUCGAGAAAUUCAUCCCAAACCAACUGAAUUAUUGGCUAGGCAUAUUAUGAGUGAAUUAAAUGACGUUGACUCGAGAGAUAUUAGAAGACCUGAGAAGGUUCACUACAAGAAAAAACCACAAUUGAUUGUGAGUUCAGCUACAUUAAAUAGAGCGUUAAGAUAUUAUUUCAAAGAUAAUCAACUCGCACCGGAUCCGAUACUUGUUGACAUGAGUAAAGGGACAUACUCUCCUCCAUCAAUUUCUCAUCAUUGCCUUACCGUUACAUCAAAUAAUAUCAGAAAUUUAGCGACUUCUAUUUCAGUUGUUGAAGAUGAAAGAAUUCAAGAAUUCGAAGAUGAUGAUGAUCGAAUGGUUGAUAGCAUUGUAGGAGCUAUUGAGCUUGAACAACAUACAAUACAGACCGGAAUUAUUUUCGUCAAUCAUAAAAUCAAUGUCCCAAAACUUGUAAAUAAGUUUAGAGAAUAUGGAGUUCCUGCAAAAGAAUUAAGUUCUUCUUAUAUUCCAACUAAUAACGAACAAGGUUAUUCCUACAAUUCACUUAGCACGAUUGAGGCGGAUUUAAAUGAUUUUACGGCUAAACCUACAUUUUCACCCAAGACGACGAUAUAUGUAGCACAAGAAUACACUUCACGUGGAAUUGAUAUUCCUAACAUUUCUCACGUAUUUAUUCUGGGAGUGCCAAGUUCAUCUGUUGAAUACAUACACAUGUCCGGGAGAACCGGUAGAAUGGGUAGAGAUGGUAAAGUAAUAAGUUUUAUUAAAGAUGGACAAAAAAGAAUUAUGAUGAAUUAUAUUACUCUUUUAGAUUUAAAGAUUGAUAACUAUGAACAUAUAGAUUAA